AUGACAAGAGUGAAUGUCUUGGCUUCUGGCGAUAGUCCAAACAGUGAUGGCAUCCAUGUGCAACAAUCAUCAGAUGUGACUAUCCUCAACUCGAACAUUGGAAACGGUGACGACUGCAUCUCCAUCGGUCCAGGGACAUCCAGCAUCAUUGGGAGCUUACGGAUAGAGGAUGAGGAGGAUGGAGUGUAUAACAUGACAGUGAAAUCAUCUAGAUUCAUUGGAACUCAGAAUGGAGUAAGGAUUAAGUCUUGGAGAAGAUCAAAGACUCUCGUGGUCAGAUGUCCUUGUUUAUCCGUUUUCAUAGUAUAUUUUGAUUCUGGAGUUAAAGUUAGUGAAGUAAUAUACGAAGACAUCAAGUGA